GCUCGCUGACAGAAAGUCGCGCGCUUCGCUUUAAAUCAGAAACCUGAAGUGCCUCCUGACAGAAAACGGAAAGAAUCACAAAAAAUAGCUUUUAUGUGAUUUUUAAAGGUUUUAAGUGGCUUAAAUCUUCACCUAUGUCGAUUUAAGCGCUCCCUUGCGUCGUCUGGAGUCCACUGGAGUGCUUUUGGUCCGUUUUUUGAGUCCGGGGAAGUUAUUUUGUGGUAUUUUGGAGGAGCUAACAGGCUAACUAAUUGUCACUUUUCCAACGUGGGGAGGUUUAACUGAGUGACUACAUGAAUUUGUAGCCACUGCAUUUCUUCAGGAUGGACGCGCACAUUUUUUAAGGAUUUUUUUGGGGUCUGGAAUUGGGUGUUCCUCCUCUCGGUAAAAUCAACGAACCUGCCACGUUCAGUCCAGCAGGAGAGAAUGGGGGCUGCAUGGCUGAAUUAUGCCGGAGCGGAGCACCGCUGGUCCUAGACAGCCUGGCCCCAUGUCCCUAUGGCGGGGCGCCGCCGUGCUCUCCCUCCUGGUGCUGUCCGCCGUGGUCGCGGCGGAGCCCCGCGGCUGGCUGUUAGCCGACAAGGGUCCCUUCCAUCGCGCCCGGGACUUUACGGAGUUCGCCGAGCGCCACCAGCACGGCUUCUCCACCAGAUACAAGAUUUACAGGGAGUUUGGCCGAUGGAAGGUGAACAACCUGGCCUUGGAGAGGCAUGAGGACAGCGGUGUCACAGUGCCCUUUGACCCAGACUUCAUCCACAACAUCCGGCAGCUGGGAAGACGGCCGAGUCUGCAGAGGAUAACGGACAGCAUCAUAAAGAAAUACGGGACACACUUCCUAGUGUCUGCCACCCUGGGAGGGGAGGAGUCCUUGACCAUUUUCGUGGACAAGAGGAAGCUGAGCAGGGGCCAGCCGAGCGGGGGAGCCUCCAACGGCUCAGCCUCAGCCCUGACCCUGGAGGCCCUCCAUCAACUUGCUGCCUCCUACUUCAUUGACAGGGAUAGCACACUGCGGAAGCUCCACCACCUCCAGAUCGCCUCCGCAGCCAUUAAGGUAACUGAGACCAGAACGGGCCCUCUAGGCUGCAGUAACUAUGAUAACCUUGACUCUGUGAGCUCUGUGUUGGUUCACAGCCCUGAGAACAAGGUUCAGCUACAAGGACUCCAAGCUGUUUUGCCUCACUAUCUGAGGAGCAGAUUUGUCCAGGCUGCCCUGGGCUAUAUCGGGUGCAACGCUGAGGGUCAGUUUGUAUGCCGGGACAACGACUGCUGGUGCCUGUGCAGCAAGCAGUAUGUGCAGUGCAACUGCCCCCAAGCCGACAUCCGUGCCCAGGAGAGCUACCUUGAGCACACCAGGGAGGCCUGGAGGCAGGCCAACCAGGAGUUUGAGGAAUCAGAUGAGUUCCAGGCCUUUGUGGGCAAACUGCCGACACACUUUGCCCUAAAUGCCUCUGCCAUCCAGCACAUGUGGAGAGCUGAUGCGGCUCUGCUACAGCGUUAUAGGCAGCUAGAGAGCCGCACCAGUCUUCUCUUCAGCAAGGCCCGGCGAAGUGCCAACAGGCUCUUCAGUCUCAGCAGGAGAUGUCGCACACAGCCCAAGAUAAUCAUACAGAAGGAGAGGUCCUUCGGCUACUGGCUACAGCACGUACUUUCCAUCCUGUACUGUGGAGAGAGCAAGCAGCUGGGCUUUUACUCGGAGGAUACAAAGAGCUGCCUUUGCCCACAUGAACACCCUUUGUGCCAGGGCGCAAUUCCUUGUGUGGUGGGUGACGGGCCCUGCUGCACGUCUUGUUCGCCAGAGAAUCGGACACGCUGCUCCAGCUGCAACCCUGGCUUCACGCUGAGCCAUGGCAUGUGCAGGCACGCCGUACCCGACCCCACGGACCAUUACCUGGGCUUUGAGACGGACCUGCAAGACCUGGAGCUGCGCUACUUGCUGCAGCGGCGCGAUGGACGAGUAGUCACACGUGCCACAUUCGUCAGCAGUGACGUGCGCCUCAACACCUGGUUCGACCCCUCUUGGAGAAAGAGGAUGCUCCUGACUCUAAAGAGCAACAAAUUUAAGUCCAGUCGCGUGCACAUGCUGCUGGGGGUCUCGCUGCAAAUCUGCAUGACCAAGAACUCCACUCUGGAGCCAGCACUGUCUGUCUACGUCAACCCUUUCGGCGGGAGCCAUUCAGAGAGCUGGACCAUGCCAAUCAACCAAAACAGCUACCCUGACUGGGAGAAGACCAAGCUGGACAUUCCUCUGGACUGCUAUAAUUGGACUUUGACUUUGGGAAACCGCUGGAAGAGUUUCUUUGAGACGGUUCACUUCUACCUGAGGAGCCGGAUUCGGACCGACCUCACUCAGGGGAAUGAAACGGUCUAUUUCGAGCCUAUGGAUGUUGCUGAUUCUUCACAGAACUUCGGUUACAUGAAAAUCAACAGCAUACAGCUCUUUGGCUACAGCAUGCACUUUGACCCAGAAGCCAUUCAGGACUUGAUCCUGCAGCUGGACUAUCCAUACACUCAGGGAUCUCAGGACUCUGCCCUGUUGCAGCUUAUGGAGAUCCGAUACAGAGUCAACAGGCUCUCUCCUCCUGGACCACUGCCACUGGACCUGUUCUCUUGCUUACUCCGUCACCGACUCAAACUCUCCAGCUCUGAGGUAUUAAGAAUUCUCGCUGCACUGCAGGCUUUUGGUGCCAGACAGCCGUACUAUAUGGAGUAUGAAGCGACAAAACUUUGUAGUUAAUAAGCGAUGGUGGAAUCCAAUUUAUUUUUGCCAUUGAUGUCUAAUUUUAUUGAGGGGGAAAAAUUCAAUUUCACCCCGAGUCUGAAGUAUGUUUUUAUGGCGGAGCUCAUUGUUGUUGGUGUUUGAUAUAAACUGCUUUACUGUUCACAGACACAAUAUAUAUUUGAUGUCUUUGAAAUCACAUGGUAGUUCAGAUGGAAAAAGAAAGUUUAAGCAGUUUCAUCAACCUUGCCAAGUUUGAAUUUAAUAAAAUGGGCAAAAGCCUAUUAAAAUCAAACA